UAUAUUUUUAAUAUGAACGUUGAGAAACCUCAUGACUGCUGUGUGAGUUGGGGUUCUUUUUGGUGGGAUUUUUUGGUUGCCUUUUUUUUUUUUUUUUGUAGUAUUAGUAUCAUUGCAUGACACUGUAAAGUACCUUGUUCUCCUUUGUGUUUUCACAUCUUUAAGUUGAUUAUAUUAAUUUAACAAAUCGUCUUCAGUGCCUGGGCUUGGUUUUUAGUUAUGAAUGAAGGUGAUACCUCAAAAGUCAAAACAAGUUUCAUUCUCAUUUCUAUAAAUAAACCCUCUUGUAGCAUUAUUCUGUCUCAUUGUGUGUCUUGCACACAAUCAGAAUGGACUAUUUGGCAAGUUCUGCAUUCUGCCUGAUGGACUUAAGUUGCAUGAUAGUAUAUGGAGGCUUUUUUGUUUGUUUGUUUUGUUUUGUUUCAUCAGUUGUAUUUGCAAGGAAGGUAAGCAAAUUAUUAUCUCUACUUCACAAAAAAGUCUUCCCCUCAGAUGUUUGAUUUCAAAUAGAUUAAAAUUAUGAUCAGAACUCAUAGGUGGUAACCAGCUUCCUCAGUCAGCCACAGCCUAAUUGAAUCCUUUAGAACAGUACCUUAAAUAUGUUUGGGGUUGUGCUUUCCUUCCUUGUUCCACUCUACUUUUCUGGGGGUUUAAAAAGAAAUUAUGCUUCUUAAAAAAAAAAAGUUAGUCCUGUUUGCCUUCAGUUUAAGCUUUAAAUUAGGAAUGGAUAAAAGAAGUGAAACAUGCUCCUUUCAACUUCUUGACAUGAACGUAGGAAAUUCGUCAGUCCUUCAGGUGAGUGAUGGUGAUGUUGUGUCUUUGGCGAGGAGCAGCAGGUGAUGCUCUGGGAUUGCUCUGUGGCUUUUUCCUCGGUACAGGUACAGCUUUAUAAAGCUGGAAGGUAGAGGGGCUCUUUCAAAAUUCUCCGUGGAAAGGGAUAAAAAUCAAGCUUUUUGCUACACUGUUACUAGACCGUAUGUUAAGCACUGUGACUAAGAACUUGCUGGUAAUAAAUUACGUGAAUUAAUGAUGGUGUUUAUACACAGAAGUUCAUGUUCUUGUCACAAUAAGUUCUUUUUGUAGGUUCAAUUAACAGUGUAACAAGUCCUUUUUAGGUUGUGAUCUAGAAGUAGCAUCUGAAGGGUGCAGGAAAAGGAAGUAGUCUGCUGAAAUAAUGGGACAUUCUUUUGGCCUUUUCUCUUUCUCUUUUACUUUCCUACACAAGACCAUGAACAAUUUAUGAAGCAGACUUGCUAUCUUUCUGUAAGAUUUUUUUUUCCCCCUUGGCCACAUCUUCUAAGUUGGUGCUAGGUUUUUGGUGGUGGUUUCCUAAGAAAUUUUUUGUGCCUUUAUGCUGGUAUGUGAAUGCCUGCCAGAAAGCCACUAGGCUACACAUGGCUGUCUUGAAAUAAUUUUCACUGUCCUGAAGCAAAACAGGUUAGGAAGUGUUAAGGUGCUAGUCUUAGAGUAACUGCAGAAACUUACUAAACAUCUUAUUUUACCAUUUAUGUUUGAUUUUUGGGAGAAAGGGAUAUUUUUGGUCCUUCUUCUACCCAACUUUACCAAGAUGUAAUUGUUUUUGUGUUCCUUAUUUCUAGUUAUUUUUUCACUUUUGACAGUUCCCAGCUUAAGACUGGAGUCCUGUUAUACAAGGUAAUACAUAUGAAGAGAUGGGAACUUGGUAGGUGCCCAGGUAAGAUCAGAGAAAGGGGAUCUGUUCCUCGACAAAGGAGACUAGAAAUAUACAGAAGCACUUUAAGUCACAUAGAAAGUCUCUUAAAUUUCAAAGCUAGCAGGCCUCUCUUUCUCCUUUUCAAAUUUGUGAUCAUGUUUUUAAAGUGUUCUAUGUCAUGUGGUCUGCAAACCAAGGAAGGGAUUUGAAGCUGAAGAUGACCUUUAGUGGUAAAUUACUUUCAUUAGAUAAAAGUUUAAAAUAAAAUGAACUAAAACUUUGUUUGGGAGCCUGAACUGGGGCUAUAUAACUGUUCCACUACAGGAAUGUCAAUGUUAACUAAGCCAUGUUAGAAGAAAAACGGUAAAAUUGCUGUUUCAGUGGAUGAAACUCAGGAGCCCCUGCAAAGAGUAAGCAAAGGACUUGUGCACAGCUUUGAGAAAUUAAUCUUCCUACCAUUUGGGGGACGGGGAGUGGGUAGUAGUUGUGUUCAUUGUAUCUGAGUCUCUACCUCUGUUGCCCAUUAUAUCGGCCUGUUGAGGGCAAGGAAAACCUUGAAACAUUCCCCUAAAACCAGUCAGCCUUUGCACUGCUUGGAGCCAAACCCCCGAAGGAUGCAUCUCCCUCUGAAGUCUCCCGUUUCCUUUCUGCUCAUCCCCGUGUAACACGCUGAUUGCUGGCUACUGCCCCUCUCCUGGGGGCUGCACGGAGCGUGGGGAGGUGCCCGAGGGCUGUGGAGCUUUCUGAGCUUUCCGUGUCCUCGUCAGCGUGUGCUCGGCCCUGCCUGGUGCUCCCCUGAGGCUGAGCCAGGGGGCACCGGGCAGGGUGCUCCCUCAGGGAGGACCUGGCUCUCCGGGAAUAAUAGGUGGCUGAUGGUAGGCAGCUGCGAUGAGCUGAAAGCUCUGGCCUGGAGCCUGGCUCUGCAGGAUGCAGAAGGAGGGAGCGGUGGAAAGCAGUGAUGAGCCCAUUGUUUCAAAUGGGCCAGCCAUUGACUGGCUGACUGACACUGAGGGCUCGUUGUUGCUCCCUUCGCUCUUAAAGGCAGCUGCGGAGAGUGGAGGGGGAUGGAGGUAACUCACAUUACAGAUUGGGCUUCUGGUGUCCAGAGAGGCAGUGGGCAUAAAUUAAAAAAAAGAUAAAAUUCUGUCUGAGUACCAGAAAAGCUUUUGACUGGGGGUGUGCUCAAAACACUGCCAACACGCUGCCCAGGGUGGUGUACAAAUCGUCAGCACCCGAUGGGUGGCUGUGCUGGGCCGCUCUGACCCGGCCUGGCCUGGCCUGGGUGGUCUCCAGUGUCCCUUCCAUCCCCACUGCUCCUCUGAAAGCUUCUUUAAUAUUUGGAUGUAUUCUUUUGCUGCUGUUAUGGAACACUUGGGGAAUAAUUACAAAUGCCCCUGCUGGGCACUUGUCUCACAAAUGCUGCUGUUGUGUAAUCACGGCAGUUUUAAUUGUAUAGGGAAAGCAUCCAAGUGCUAAGUAGUUAAUUGACUAAACUCCCCAAUUUAAGCAACAAAAGAAAAAAAAAUAGAAAUCCACCAGUAUCUCCCCCUUCCCUGACCCAAGGAAACACCAAAACACCCUAAACCUUAAAAGAAGUUUUGGUUUUAAUCCCUUAAAAUACUAUGGUUAUGAGAAUUAAAGGUAGCUUUAUUGUAACAAAUCUGCUUACUAUUUUCCCCUCCUUCCCUCUAGUCUUGCCACAAAGUACCACCCUCAAAUUAACCUGUGAAAAAUGAAAUAAAAAGUAGGCAGGAACAUGAGUAGGAACAGCGGAGAAAAUGCUAAGAGAUCCCACCAAACUCUGUGGUUUAUGCCUUUCAGCCCACGGCUCGGAAGUCAUGAGAUGAUUUGAAAUUCAGAACUUUGCUGUAGCUGUGUUUCUUUGCUGGGCUCUCUCUGCCCUCCCCCGAUUGCAUUUUGCUCAGCCCUCAGCAGGACUGCAGUGCAGUGGUUGGCAAGGAGGGAAUUACUAGGAGGGAAAAUCAAGCUGUGGUGGCUCCUCUUGCAGCGUGGUGUUGCUGAGAUCUGCGUUUUGGAGGAGGUAAUGAACGGCUGCCUUUGGGUUUCCACUUCGGGACUCUGGAAGCUUGCAAAAAAAAAGAAGGGAUGUGGCUAAGUUUUCAUUAAAUGUCCCUAGAGUGUGCAUGGCAUGCUGGACAGCCACCAGGCUUAUUGAUGCAGUGGUUUGGGUUUUCUUCUUGACACAAAACACCUGCAGUUUCUGCCUAAUACUUUGUUUUUAAUCCUCUGUGCUCAGACAGUGGAGAAUAAGGGCAAAGAAAGAAACCAGGCAGACUGUAGCAAAGCUCCCUUUAUUGGCAAGAGUAAAGAGAACCCUAUCAGAGCAUUGCGAAAGCCUGUUCUUCUUUCUUCUCAAGCUGCGGAUCAGAUGAGAUUCAAAUAAAACGAAGGAAAUAAACUAUCUUAAAGCAUGGACACCAGUAAGAAGUCAGAACCCCCUUUAUCUGUAGAAAUGGUACAGCAGAGGGCCAAUCCUGACCGCAGUCCAUCAGCAUCCAUCUAUGUUCCAGAGCAAGGUGGCUACAAGGAGAAAUUUGUGAAUGCUGUGGAAGAUAAGUACAAAUGUGAAAAAUGUCACCUCAUCUUAUGCAAUCCUAAACAGACUGAAUGUGGACACAGAUUCUGUGAAACCUGCAUGAAUGCCUUGCUGAGGUCUUCUAGUCCAAAAUGUACAGCAUGUCAAGAAAGCAUAGUAAAAGAUAAGGUAUUUAAAGAUAAUUGUUGCAGGAGAGAACUACUUGCCCUUCAAAUAUACUGCAGAAAUGAAAGCAAGGGCUGUAAGGAACAGCUGUCUUUGGGUCAAUUACUGAUGCAUCUGAGAACUGAUUGUCAGUUUGAAGAACUCCCAUGUCCUCGUGCUGAUUGCAAAGAAAAAAUACUGAGAAAGGAUUUGCCAGACCAUGUAGAGAAGACCUGUAAAUACCGAGAGACAACCUGUAAAUACUGUAAAAGCCAAGUCCCAAUGAUUAUGUUACAGAAACAUGAAGAUACAGACUGCCCAUGUGUCAUGGUUUCAUGUCCUCAUAAAUGUAGUGUUAAAACACUUAUGAGGAGCGAGUUGAAUGCACAUUUGUCAGAAUGUAUUAAUGCCCCAAGUACCUGUAGUUUUAAGCGUUAUGGCUGCACUUUUCAGGGAACAAACCAACAAAUUAAAGCACAUGAAGCCAGCUCAGCAGUGCAGCAUGUUAACUUAUUGAAAGAGUGGAGCAAUGCUCUAGAAAAUAAGGUGGCCUUGCUCCAGAAUGAAAGUUUGGAAAAGAACAAGAGUAUACAAACUUUACAUAAUCAGAUUUGUAGCUUUGAAAUAGAAAUUGAAAGACAGAAGGAAAUGCUGCGGAAUAAUGAAUCUAAAAUACUUCAUUUACAGCGAGUGAUAGACAGUCAAGCAGAGAAACUCAAAGAACUGGACAAAGAAAUCCGUCCCUUCCGACAGAACUGGGAGGAGGCUGACAGCAUGAAGAGCAGCGUGGAAUCCCUCCAGAACAGAGUGACUGAGCUGGAAAGUGUUGAUAAAAGUGCCGGGCAAGGAGCUCGGAAUACAAGCCUGCUGGAGACCCAGCUGAGCAGGCACGAUCAGAUGCUGAGCGUUCAUGACAUUCGGCUGGCUGACAUGGACCUCCGCUUCCAGGUUCUGGAAACUGCAAGCUACAACGGAGUGUUGAUUUGGAAAAUCCGAGAUUAUAAACGUCGGAAGCAAGAAGCAGUCAUGGGGAAGACUCUGUCCUUGUACAGCCAACCCUUUUAUACCGGCUACUUUGGCUACAAGAUGUGUGCCAGAGUUUACCUGAACGGAGAUGGCAUGGGAAAGGGGACGCACUUGUCUCUGUUUUUUGUCAUAAUGCGUGGAGAAUACGAUGCUUUGCUUCCUUGGCCCUUCAAACAGAAAGUGACUCUCAUGCUCAUGGAUCAGGGACCGUCUCGACGCCACUUGGGAGAUGCUUUCAAGCCAGAUCCAAACAGCAGCAGUUUCAAGAAGCCAACUGGAGAAAUGAACAUUGCGUCUGGCUGCCCAGUCUUUGUGGCUCAAACUGUUCUAGAGAAUGGAACGUAUAUUAAAGAUGAUACUAUUUUUAUUAAAGUCAUAGUGGAUACAUCGGAUCUACCAGACCCCUGACAUCCACUGGGGGAGGCGGAUUAAACAGAAGGCAACUCCGUUUGGGGGUUUUAUAUCAGUUUGUCUUCAAUCAGAGGUCCUAAAGAUCACAGAACCACCUUGUGGAACAGAUGGAAGAGUUUGAAGGCAUAACUGCAUAGGGUCCAAUUGCAAAAGUAGCAACACAUUAAGAAAUCAUACCAUGGUAUAUUUUUUACUAGAACUAGCAACACUUGAGCUCUGAAGAAUCACUUAUCCCUCAUCAGGAUAGUGAUUAUGGUCAGAGAGGAUUUUUUUUUUAACUUAUUAAUGAUCUAGUCAAUUGGAGGUGAAAAGACAUAUACAGUAUGUGCUGAAUCAAUUACUGACUUUUAUUUCUUUUAAGCUAGAAUACAAGAAAAACCCUUCACACAUGGGCUAGCUGGAAAUUGUCAGCAUGUUAAAAGAAGAUGAAGUAAUGUUGCAGUUAUGAUAUUCUUUGAAAAACUGAGGUGCAAUCUUGUCUGAAAUAUAGUAUAUUGUCUUUUUAAGGCCUCAUCUGGUCUCUGUUUUAAUAAUUACUUUGUAAGAAGAUCUUGGAAAAGUAUCCAUGUCUUCUCAAAAGUAUCUGAAUCAAAAUCAUAUUUUUAUUUAAAGUUCUAUUGUUACAGAAAACAUUUUAUUUUAAAACUGUUGAUAGACUGAUAUUUCUUGGAAGAAAAAAAUAGAAGAUAUCAAACACUGGUUAUCACUUGUGAUAGGAAAAAAAAAACUAUUCAAUUCUGUUAUUUCUCUUUAGAAAUGUAAACCUACAAUAUAUGUCGUAGUUAAUGACACUAUUUCAAAAUUAAGGAAAAAUCACUCAUGGAUGCUGUGCAUCAUUAUCAGAUUUAUAAUUGUUUUCACCCUAAAAUAGGGCAUUUGUUGAACUUUGGAGUUCUAAACGGAAUCCUGUACAUUUUUUAAAGUUCUGCCCCAUGCUUUCCAAUCAAGCUAUAUAUGUUGCACAUUAUGCUGUCAGCAGUAUAUAGUAUUUUCAGUAUUGGGGAGGAGGAUUAGUGCUGAAAAAAGCCUCUAUGUUUGUUCUGUACUAGCAGCCAUUGCUUCAAGACAAACCAGCAAUGUCUUAAUACAGUGAUGGUGGCUUGCAUGCAUACAUGUGCCUUAGAUGUGCUGUGCUGCUUAUAAACCAUAGCUUUUUAUUCAGAUUAAUUCUGAUAUCUGAAAUGGUAGUUUAAUUGGACUUCAGGCAUAAUGUUUAGCCUUGUCUUCAGAGCCCUUAGGUACCUUGCAAUGCACGAAACAGAAGCUAAAGCCCGCUCCUUUGGCUUCUGCAGCUUCUGUGACUUGGCCAUGGUGGAAUCCAUCCUGCUGAGGUGCCAAAACGUUAUGCUCAGUGCUCCUAUGGAGCUUGGACUAGACAGUCUCCAUGGCCACUGUGAAGGCAGGCAAUAUUUCUCCUCUAAUGCCUGUGGCUGUAAGGUGGCAUCACUUGAAACGAAUCCAUCUGAGAACUCUGGGGCUGUGAAUAUGGAUGCUCGUGGCAGCUUCUCAUAGCAGACAAGCAUCCUAAUGGGGAAUGCAUGGGCUUCUUUCUUGUAACAGCCUGAACUGUAGUGGAAAGCAUUUGCUAGCCCUGAAACAUGCUGAUUGCAACCUGCUGUGUUCAUCUGCUUCUAUUUAAUCGCCUGUGACAAGCAAGUCCAGAGUCACAGCCUGACUGUGGUGCUCUUCAAAAUCCUGCUUAAGCAGAGCGGGCUUGCCACCACUGUGUGUUCAGCCUUCAUGGGCUUGAAAAAAAAAACAAUUGCAUCUCAGCCUUUAAUGUCAGGCUGCAUCAGUUUUUCUGCUUUUCUGAGGCAUAGUCACAGUUUUUGUCUAAGGUGCAGUUGAAUUCAUGCCUUUGUAUUUCAGCUUGUCUUUGCUGUUGUCUUUUUUGGCUGUGCCUUCACACACAGUGCCUGCAAGAAUUAUUUAUGGAUAUACAAUGCAUGCUAAGUGGUCUUCAUGGGUUUUCCAGGCACCUGCUAGAAUACUGCCUGCUGCUGACUGUCCUGACCGUCAGCAGCAACUUGUCUUCCUUUUCUUGCCUUCCAUUGUCCGGGUACUGUACUCCCUCUGUGGUACGUGGCUGUCAACAGGUGCAAGCUCAGAUGUGGAGGCACGUGCUAGCAUUUAAUUUCUAGCACAGAAGGAGGAUGUUCUGCACAAGAGAUAAAUAUCUAUAGAUAUACCUGCAUCUAUAUAUCUCUAGAUAUAAUUGUAUGGCACUUGCAGUUUUAUGCAGGGUGCAUAAGUAAACCCAUCACUUAUGCUUUAGGGCGAAUGUUCGCUCAACUUGUGUCAUUUUAAUAAUUGUGAAUGUAGGCAGCUGAGCUUUUGUGUUUGUGCAUCACAGAAUUUUACUGAAAACAGGAUUCCCAAGUGGAAAUGUCCAAAGGACUCUCCUCCCAUUGCUAAUGCAUGUCUUGUAAAAUUAAAUGAAACCGUUUGGCCAUCUCAAAACAGUUUAUAUCCUGUUUCAAUCUGGGACUUGGAGGAGAUUUCUAGUAUAAGCAGGGCCCAGCAUAUUCUACAGAUUUGUGACUACAGUUUCCAACUUCUGUGACAGAAUUGCGCUUCUAAAUCCAAGCUCUUUAAAAGAGGAGGAAAAAAAAGCAUUUCCAGCCUUGGUGAUUGAAAGAGGACUUUGAAACAUGCGAAUGUGUAAACCAAUAGGGAAGUCUUCCUGAGUCCGCACACAGCCUAAACUAGUAGCUUUAAGAGAUCUGAAUAUCUCGUCUUGGUGGGAUAUUGACUCAGAAACUUCACAGAGAAGUUUAAAUAUGAACACUGCUAACUAUCUAAAUGCCGAUCACUGUAGCAGAAACAUCAGUCACUGUUGUAUUUCACAGAUCUCUAUGCUGCUUUCCACAUCUCCCAAGUGCCAAAAGCACCAGCUGCCAGAAUCUUCAGCUUCACUUGGGCAGCUUUUAUAAUGCAGUAAUGUGCUAUCGAUAUAAAAAUAUUUUUGCAUAUGUGCUUUUUAUCACAGUUAAUAAAAUGGAGGCCUACUGCACUUAUUUUUUAAAACUACAUGAAGCUGCCAGAGAAUUUCCAGUUUGCCAGCCCUGCGUACUGUGAAAUCCAGGAUCUUGCUACACAAAUGUAGACACCGCCUGCUGUGGAAUACCUGAAGCCUUGACUGUAACACCCCUUUCUCCGCAGAACUCACAGGCCAUCUCUGUAGAGUUCUUACUGUGUACAUAGAAAUCGGUUUCCUCUGCUUUCCAGCAAGGAGUAUGUAGCAUUUUGUGAAAACAAGGCCACUGUAUAUUCCCUAAGUUGAAAGGAAAAGAUACCUGGUGCUUUACUCAACACUUUUAAGUUAUUUAACUGUUUCUCUCAUCGCUGAAAUGCCCUUUAUCCUUUUUCUCUUUGUUCCUGACUGAGAUAUCCAAAGUUUUCCAGGGACUGUCUGUUUAAAGUGAUUCGUGGGACAACACCCUACCCCCCAGGUAUACUCUUGAAUCCUGGCAAACUCCUGGGAGGUGCCACUGUUGCAAGGGAGUCCCAGAGUAUUUGCAUUACUUUGAACAGAAUUUGUUCAGUGGAACCAUAUUGUCCUCUAGUUAGUAAUUCUUAGCAGCACACAGCUGAAGUCUCUUGCUGGUGUCCUUUCUUCACGAUGACGCUCCAAGUUAUGUGCAAACCUCUUCCGUUUCCAGCUUCCUCUAGGGAGAUUCCAGUGUGUGCCAAUCUGGAUGUUGCCCUUCGUGUGCACUCUUCAGCACAGAGUGAGUGCACCUGUUGCCUAGUCUUGAGUCCUAAACAGGAUGAAGCUAUUUGGGUGUUUAAAGACCAGCCUGCAGUUAUGAUGCAGGACCAUGUCUGCAUUGCUUCUCUGAGCUAAUUAAUUGGGGUCUUGUUUCAGUUACUGUCUACACGGUACACCUUCAACUGCUGACUUACAAUAUGCAAUGUUGAUUUCAGCCUUGUACUGUAAAUGUUCUUCACAAAGAGAAUGUGCAAUAGGAAAAGGGAGUGGUGGGUGGCGUACUUCUGAUGGAAAAAACACGCUAGAUUUUUAAAAAUAUGAAAAAAAAAAAAAAGAAAUGCAGUUUAUUUCCUUUUCUCGUGGCAUUUUCUAUUUGGAAAAGGAAAGAUGAAGAUAUGUGCCUGUUUUUGUGCCUGGUGAAUUUCUCAAAUGCAAAGGUAAUAGAGAUUUGUGUUAGCUGGGAUUUAAGUGUUGAACCCAUGAAUGUUAGGUUGUGAUUGUAUCGUUUCUGUUUCCUCAGCUCACUGCGAUUAUGGCUUGCUGAGAUGGAGUUUAAAAGCUACCACCUAUUUGUAUCUGUAUUCCAUCACCUGGGACGGGCAUUUCACCAACAGUGCAGGGUAUCUGUUGAUAUUUUGUUUAGUUUUUAAAACACUGGUGCUCUUUGGUCCAAGACAGAGAAGCAUGUGGGGAGUGACAAGGAAAGCUGCCUGCACUGCAGAAGAGUGAAACACAUGACUGCAGUAUUGAUGCCUUUGAUAUGAUUUAACUAUGCAAAUAUACAAAUAGGUGAGGGGGGAAAUUCUUGGGUUGCAUACCUAAUCUCUUAGAUUUUGCUCUGUAAAUUACUUGUAUGUGUGUAGGUACAUACAUAUACACACAGACAUGCAUGCACAUAAAUAUGCAAAGUCUUUUCUUUACGUAGAAGUGAUGAAACAAAACCCUUUCCUCCAAGUUAUACUUGAUCAAUUGGUGCAAAUGUCACUGCUGCUAAGGGAGGAUCCUGGCUAAGGGCAAACUUUGGUUCAUAUCUUUCAGGUUUGAAGACCUUUAUGUAGCAAACACUUCGUUUAGCUUUUCCGAAGACUUUGAAUUGUAAUUUAGGACGUACGUUCUUCCUCAUGCUCUGAUAAUUUGGAGAUUCCUGUCUUUUAAACAACUAUAGUGAUGGGCAACUUUUUAAUUGAAAAUUAUUUCCUCUAAUAUGGAAUAAAAAAUAAUUAAAAGAAUCUGGACCUCUUCCCUGGAAUUCCUGUCCUGUUCAGUCAGCACCUUGAUAUUCUGGUUGACCUAGAAGUCAAAGCUGCUGCAACAAAAAUGAUUGGUUUGGCAGUUUAAUCUGGGAAUAGUUUUUAGUACUGUGUACAGUGUAUAGCAAGUGAUAUUUCUCUUUUUUGGAACAAGGAAAUCAAGGAUGAUGUGAAGUGAUUUGCCCGGAGUCACAGAAGGAAUCUCCUGGAGCUGGGACUCAGUGAGAGAUUCCAGUUCCCUAGUGUUAUCUCUGAAUCAUGAGGUUUUGCUCUUUUAGUACAUUUGUCCCUGAAAGGAACUGGAAAACGAGUUGGCAUACCUUGAAGACCCACAUCAGGACAGUAAGGGCUAGAAUUAAACAUACAAGCUGUCGUGAUUUGGGGUUGUACACGCGUGGUGGUCCAGACGUGUGGCGUGAAGGCCGGCACAGCAUGUCAGUGUGAGUAACAGCAGCAAACGUGUGUCCUGCUCUGUUUGUUCAGAAUCAUCCAACAAAACCAGUCUUGUUUGAUGCUCCUCUUAACUAAGGAGGCAGAAUACCAUUGUACAGUGAAGUGGGUUCAUCUUUGUUCUACCAGUCAGUGUGACUGACCAUUUCUUUCUUGUGGGGCUUUCUCCCUUUUCCUGUAAACCAAAAUCUGGAGGGCUUAAUUGUUCUUGCCUCUUAAUCCAGGCCUUUGCAGAGAAGCACCAGAUAGGGAGGCUGUGGAAAACUUUGGACAGCUGAUUCAGGGACAUCCUCUUAAGAUUUAAAAGAGUAGUUAUAUGACACACAAGGGAUCUGACUAUUCCUGUUUCUCUUCUAGUGUAUGGUCAAGACUGCAGCUUCUGUCUUCCAUUUCAUGAUGUCAGUGUAGAUACUAGGCUGUGUUUUUUCAUUAUUUUCCCUCCAAGUUAGGAUUAGUUCCUUAGGGUUCAAGUAAGUUCUGAAUUUCACAGAGAAGCACCAGAACCAAAUCCCUGGAUUCAAACAUCCCAGACUUGAUGUGGAAUUCAAAUCUGGAUCCCAACUCUGUGGCUUACUAACCUACCCAUUCAGGGAAGGGUUUGUUGUCUCUAUGUGGUGUUUGUGUUUUUGGUCCUUUGGAACUAAGCUUUUAAUUUGGUUGCCAGUUCUGCAAGGACUUUUUAACUUCUUAGCGAUGCCGGUGUUCACACGCUCCAUUGCUGGCAGUGUGAGGCGUAGUGAUAAAAUUUGACUCUGUCUAAGGGUUACUGAGAUAAACCAGCAUUAUCAUUCGUAAAGGUCAUUUUCUUGCAUAGUGUUCCGAGCUUUGUAUUUGAAUAUAGCUCGCACCUGAAAGGACACAUCUUCCAACUAUGACCUGCAUCACUGGCAGAGAGUUGUGUAAUCUGUACUUGUGGAAUGGGAAGGUACAAGCUUCCAUCGUUGCUGAUGCAUCGUGUAAUCCACCUGUUUUGUUUUUCUUAUAGCUGUUGUUCGGUUAAUACUUUUUUUUUUUUUUUUUCAGUUUUCUAGAAAAAAAAUGGGGAAGUUCAGGAUUUUUUUUCUACAAGGUAUAAAACUCCAGUGAAUUAGUGGUGACUAGAGACCUGUGAAAAAUACCCCAUUAGGAGAUGAUGGGCUAAAUGUAGGUCCAUUUCUCUUAGACAAGUAGGAUAACCUUUUAAGAUGCAUGGAACAACAUAAUAAUCGGGAAAACUAAAGCUUACAUUUGUUUCCAAGAAAUUCUGUGAGAACUAUCUAUGGAAAAGACAUCAGUGAUUGAGAAUAAUGUACAAAUUAAUGUGUUUGAAACUUGUGUAUCCAUUUCUUUAAUCUCAUACUCUUCAGUGAACGGUACACUUGUGUUCAGUUUUAUGAUCAAAAACAAAGACCAAAGAAGGCCAGCCUCAUUUGAUUGUGUAUAUUCUGCCUGUCUUAAUUAUCAAUAGCUGUAAGGAUACAGUGCAAGUGAUCUGGUAACCAGUGGUUCUUGUCCUUUUCUUUUAGGGGGAAAAACAAUUUAAAAAUGUAUAAUUUAUUGCUCAGCAAUAACCAUGUUGUUAAAAUAAUAAUUAAAAAAAAAAAAGGAAUUAGCAACAUGUCUUAAUUUCCCAAUAGCAUUAUUAUAUGUUGUAUUUCAGUUUACUGUAUAUUGUGUUUUUGUAUUUAUUUGUGUUUGGAGGUCUUGCUAUGUCUUUUUGUGUUUAAAUGCUAAUAAACAAGGACAGUGUGUAAGAGUGUAGAAUGCUGAACUCUGAAAUGCUAAACUGUGUUAUUAAAGGAAGAAUAAAU